AUGGCCGACAACGCGCCCAAGCCUAGCAGCAGCGUCAAGCUUGUGCUUCUCGGAGAAGCAGCCGUCGGCAAGUCGUCCCUGGUCCUGCGCUUUGUCAACAACGACUUCCAGGAGAACAAAGAACCGACUAUCGGAGCCGCCUUCCUGACCCAAAAGUGCAACCUCCCCACACGCACAAUCAAGUUCGAAAUCUGGGAUACCGCGGGCCAGGAGCGCUUCGCCUCCCUUGCGCCGAUGUACUACCGAAACGCCCAGGCCGCCCUCGUCGUCUACGACCUCACCAAGCCAACGUCACUGAUCAAGGCCAAGCACUGGGUUGCAGAGCUGCAGAGGCAGGCAUCUCCCGGCAUUGUCAUCGCCCUUGUCGGCAACAAGCUCGAUCUCACCAGCGGUGGCGACUCAAACGGGGACAGCGAAGGCCUCGAGGGCGACGACGCGGGUGAUGCCCGGAAGAUCUCUACCGAGGAGGCGCAGUCAUACGCCGAGGAGGAGAGCUUGUUGUUCUUCGAGACUAGUGCCAAGACCGGUCACAACGUCACGGACGUCUUCACAGCGAUUGCCAACGCCAUCCCCGAGACUUCCCUGAAGACGGCACGUGGGCCUGGGGCUUCGAACGCUGUCAACCGUGGUGGAGACGAGCAGAGAGUAAAUCUAAAUGGCCCACGGGAGGCCGCGAAAGAGGGAUGCGCCUGCUGA